GUUCACACUGGAGAGAAUCUACACAGGUGUGAUCAAUGUGGGGCAGCUUUCACACUACAGUGUACCCUAAAAAACCAUCAACGCAUUCACACUGGAGAAAAGCCGUACAGCUGUGAUCAAUGUGGGACAGUUUUCAUACUACAGAGCAACCUAAAAAGACAUCAACGCAUUCACACUGGAGAGAAGCCGUACAGCUGUGAUUUAUGUGGGGCAGCUUUCACACGAAAGAGUUACCUAAAAAACCAUCAAAGCAUUCAUACUGGACAAAAUCUUCACAGCUGUGAUCAAUGUGGGGCAACUUUCGCACGAAAGAGUGACCUAAGAAGACAUCAAGGCAUUCACACUGGAGAGAAGCCGUACAGCUGUGAUCAAUGUGGGACAGCUUUCACACAACAAAGUGACCUAAAAAAACAUCAACGCCUUCACACUGGACAGAAUCUUCACAGCUGUGAUCAAUGUGGGGCAGCUUUCACACACCAAAGUAACCUAAAAUUACAUCAACUCAUUCACACUGGAGAGAAGCCGUACAGCUGUGAUCAAUGUGGGGCAACUUUCAGACGACAGAAUGACCUAAAAAAACAUCAACGCCUUCACACUGGAGAGAAUCUUCACAGUUGUGAUCAAUGUGGGGCAGCUUUCACACAUCAGAAUAUCCUAAAAGUACAUCAACGCAUUCACACUGGAGAGAAGCCAUACAGCUGUGAACAAUGUUGGAAAACAUUUUCUCAUAAUAGCAACCUUAAAACCCAUCAGCGCAUUCACACUGGAGAGAAGCCGUACAGCUGUGAACAAUGUGGUAAAACUUUUUCUCAGAGUGGUCACCUUAAAAGACACCAGCUCAUUCACACUGGACCCAAACGUCACCACUGUCAGCACUGUGACAAAUCCUUCACAACAUCAACAAAUUUAAAGAUUCAUCAGAGAGUUCACACUGGACAGAAUCUACACAGCUGUGAUCAAUGUGGGGCAGCUUUCACACUACAGAGUACCCUAAAAACACAUCAACGCAUUCACACUGGAGAGAAGCCGUACAGCUGUGAUCAAUGUGGGAAAACUUUUACUCAGAGUGGUAACCUAGAAAUCCACCGACGUGUUCACACUGGAGAGAAGCCGUACUGGUGUGAACAAUGUGGGAAAACUUUUUCUGGGAGUGGUCACCUUAAGAAACAUCAACGCAUUCACACUGGAGAUAAACCUUACAGCUGUGAUUUAUGUGGUAAAACCUUUUCUGAGAGUGGUAGCCUUAAAAGACACCAACGUUUUCACACUGGAGAGAAGCCGUACAGCUGUGAUUUUUGUGGUAAAACCUUUUCUGAGAGUGGUAGCCUUAAAAGACACCAAUGUGUUCACACUGGAGAGAAGCCGUACUGGUGUGAACAAUGUGGGAAAACCUUUUCUCGGAGUAGUCACCUUAAAUAUCACCAGCGCGUUCACACUGCCUCGUUGUGAACAUGUUUCAGAGCCAAGCUGUUUCCUCCUGCCUCCUCCUCAUGCCCUGAUAGCUGUGUUGUUAUAUUCUCUCCACAUUGAAGGCUGACCAGCGGUAACUUUAUCUUCUGAACACCAUGCAUGUUAUCCUGGCUACGACUACAUAUUACACUCCCUCCCUUUUGAAGGGAUUAAUUUCACUCAAAAUUAGCUUUUUUUCCUGUAAUACAAUAUGUUGAGUUCAGGGUUCAACUGCUAACGCUAUUUAACUAACGCUGCAACAAAGGAGUAUUUGUUCUUAAUUUAAAAAAUCCCAUCACUGUUUUCUAUGGUGAUGUCAAAUUGCUGAAAUAUAUAGUUUAUUGUCCUUUUUAAGAUGAUAAAAAGAAGCAAAUUUUCAUAACUAGAAAGCAUUAAUCAGAACAUGUCUGCUGCUGCUGCUUAAAAAAUGACUUGAACAGUUAAUAGGCUCGUUUGAGACAAGCCAGAUCUGCGCAGAAUCGAUCACUGGCCAUCGCCGCCCAAUGCAUGCUGGGUAGAUUUGUGUCUGACUUGAUCCAACUUGAUCCCGACUUGCUCUGACAUCAUGCACACAUGGGCAACGAUAAUUUCACGAGAUCAAGGCGGCCGCAGUUUUUAGAGCCAGACGCCGCAGUUGCUCUCCACCGACUGCAAGACCCAGGCGGACCCAGGGCAUGCUGGGAAACACCGGCCUCUCAGCUGAUCUAACAGCUGAUUGGUUCAAAAUCGACUCAACAUGAUGACGUUUAUAUAACCUUUUUAUUGAUUUUGAUUUGGAGGGAUUUUAACUGCUAUGUGUCUGAUUGAAAUGCUUGUGUACAGAACAAAUGUGUGACUGAUAGUUACGUUUAGAAGUCAGAGAGGCUAAAUCUGAUCAGAUUACAGAUCAUCUACAGUCUGUUGGUAAUUAAAAUCAGCAACAGAUCACAUGUAGA